GUUCAAAUCAAUCAUUUCACUUUGAAUUUUCGUAGCGUUCAGUUCAGUGGAAAAGCCUGAGGCUCAUCAUCGUCUAUACGUGGCUGUUGCAAUCUAGGCGUUGUUAGGCGUUAGUUUUUAGCUAAAGUGAUCCCCUACUUUUAUCAGUGUGUAUUCGAUCUUCAUAGAAGAGCCGCUAGUGUUGUGUGUAACGAUAGUAUACCAAAAAAAAUAUAACAAAGGAAAAACGUAUUGUCGGCUGUCCGGCUUCUCUUCAAUUCCUUUUAGUCGCGUUCGAGUCAGUUCCAAGAGUGGUACGUUUAUAGGUUUGAGACCAUAGUUAAAGAGUUUUGUACGUGGAAUCCAUCAUUUUUUUAUUUGCGAGUGACACCGAAGCAAGAAGGCGAGAAAAGUGCUGUUUCCGACCCCUUCCCGACAACCAUCCAGGAGAUAUUACAUAUGCUAUAGACGCAUCCCGGGACGUGAGGUGCAAGCAAAGCAAAGAACCGUAUUCCAGCUUGGAUAACGACUAACAGGGAAAGCAUUACAAGUCGCGACACCCACGCAGAGGGUCGAAUAAGAAAGUCGAAAAAGAAUCACAGCAGAACAAAAGUUUACCAAAAUGACCGAAACUACCGAAGCCCCAGUCGUUGCCGAGGUCAAGACCCCAUCGCCAACGAGCGAAACGGCAGCCGCGACUACGAAUGGCCAUGCCGAGGAGGCCACCGCCGCCCCACUCAAGGCAGUAGAGGAGACCAACGGCACAUCGGAGAAGGCGGACGACAAGGCCAAAACCGAAAAGGCCGAAGACGUUCCUCCACCCAAAGAGAUGCGAGCCGUCAUGCUGACCGGUUUCGGUGGCUUCAAGAACAUCAAGAUUCUGAAGAAACCCGAACCGAGCCCACAGGCCGGUGAGGUUCUGAUUCGUGUGCGAGCAUGUGGUCUCAACUUCCAGGACUUGAUGGUGCGCUUGGGAGCGAUCGAUUCACCCCCGAAGACACCCACCAUCCUCGGAUUCGAAUGUGCCGGAGAGAUUGAAGCCGUGGGCGAGGAAGUUGAAGGAUUCAAGGUUGGAGACCGCGUCGUAGCGCUGCCGGAAUUCCGCGCCUGGUCCGAGCUGGUGGCCGUCCCCACCAAGUACGUGUAUCAUAUUCCGGACGAAAUGACAUUCCAGGAUGGGGCAGCCAUCGUAAUGAACUACCUGGUUGCCUACAUACUCAUCUUCGAUCUCGUCUCGCUGCGGGAGGGUAAAUCUAUCCUGCUGCAUUCCGUCGGUGGCGGUGUGGGUCAGGCAAUUGUUCAAUUGGCGCGCACUAUACCUAAUGUGACCAUCUUUGGUGUCUGUUCUAAAUCUAAACACGAGGCACUUGCUGCCACCGGACUUAUUGAUCACCUGAUCGAUAGAGCCGACUAUGUCAACGAGGUUAGGAAGAUCACAACCGAAGGUGUUGACAUUGUUUUGGAUUGUCUAUGCGGUGAAGAAUGCAAUCGGGGUUAUGGUUUACUAAAACCGAUGGGCAAGUACAUUCUCUAUGGAUCGUCCAAUGUGGUCACUGGAGAGACCAAGAGUUUCUUCAGUGUUGCGCGUUCGUGGUGGCAGGUGGACAAAGUGUCUCCGAUCAAGCUGUUCGAUGAGAACAAGAGCUUAGCCGGAUUUAAUCUACGGCAUCUGUUGUACCAGCAGGAUGGAUCGGUGUAUGUACGUUCCACCGUUGAUAAGAUCUUCGGUCUCUGGAAGGACGGAAAGAUUAAGCCCGUGGUGGAUAGUGCCUGGGCGCUGGAAGAUGUGGCAGAAGCUAUGCAGAAGAUGCACGAUCGCAAAAAUAUUGGAAAGCUGGUGCUGGAUCCGUCAAUGGAACCGAAACCAAAACCAGCUACUCCGGCUAAGAGCAAGUCGAAGAAACAGGCUAGCGAGGACAAGAGCGGCAAGAAAGAUAAGGACGAGGACAAGAAGUCUGCUGAGAAUGGAGAGGAAAAGAAGGAAGACGAAGAAGCUACUACGAAUGGUGAUUCGGCUACCGCAGGCGAAGGUGCUGUUGUCAAUGGUGACAGUACGGAAAAGUCGAACGAAUCGGCUGCCACAAAUGGAAACGCAACCGAAAGUGAGAAAAAAGAAUCGAGUUGAACAUCCUAAGCAGUCAGUGUACCCUCUAAUGAAUCGAGCCGCUAACAACAACAACAACAAGAAAACCUGUUCUCAUCGACAUAUUUGCAUCCCGUGCAUUUCACUCAGCCAAGUCCUUUUCCUUCUCAAGCUUCCAGUUUGUGUAUAAUAUCCACUUAGUAAGAGCAACUUCUACGUGGUCUUAAAACAUUAAAUUUCUUUGCACCACACACAUAUGGCCGCACAUCGGAAAUCUGACAUCGUUUGUUAUCCAGGAUGGGGCGAUCGGAGAAUCUUCAGAUGAAGGAAAACCUUUUCUCAACCAAAAGCGUUUACGGUUACAUUGUCUAAAAGUCCGACCAUUUUUUUGUUUGAAGCAAUUUUCAUUUACGAUCUCGUUUACUUAUUUUCGUCAGCAGUUCAGUUACAGUGACAUAACGCCACAGAAAAAUGUUAAGAUAUUAGCAUUACUCACAGAUAAGCACUAUUUAAAAAGAAACAAUAACAUGCCUCUAAAACGUUGAAGGUUUCAGGAUGCAACACAUACACAGAAAAAAAAGCUGCACAAAUGCCCAUUUCACGAACACCAGUAAAUUAUAAGAAAAGGCAGAGAUUUCAUCCCAAUUCAUCACGACCAAACACAAAAACCUACAUUCACCAGAACAUUACAUUGUAACGCAGAAAAUUAGCACUAAAGUUAACUACCUUUUUUACAGUUGGUUAGCGUUUUUUAGAGAUAAAACUUAUUAAUUUAUCAUUUUGAUUUGAAACAAGAAAAAAAAAAACAAAAAAAAAAAAACGAGCGAAAAAAUAAGCAAACACUUUUAAAUUUUAAACUAUGUGUCAUUUAAUACUGUAAUAUUUAAAUAUAUAUGUUUAAAUCUAUGUAUAACGAAGAAACAAAAGGAUUGAUUUAAAAAUAUAUAUUAGAUUCUUUAUUGUGAGAAUGAUUUUUUUUCGUUUUAUUAAGAUAAUGAUUAUUUUUUUUACGAUAUAUAACAAUGGAAGAUCAUUUAUACUGUUAGCAAACGAGAGAAAGAGAAAUGUCAUACAUUCGAUAUCUAGCAAAAGCGAGGAUGCAAUUUUAUUCUUCAAUACUGUUUGAUUGGAUCGCUAUUUUCAUCCUAAGCGUUAAAAUGUUAAAAGCAAAGAUACACAUUUAACAAGAUAUUUUUUGUCUUCUUUUGUAUAAAUUUUUAAAUAUUUUUAUUUUAUAAUACAUUUGAUAAAUGAUUGAAGAAAAAUAUGUUUUUUUUUAUGGUUUAUCUUUUCUGUUUUAUUUUAUUCAUUUGUGUUCAGUUCCGAAAGCACCCACACCCUCUUCGUGUACCUAAAUCAUUAUCAUCGCUUCACCUCGAAAAUUCAAGUACGUUAUCUCAGACGUAAUAAACACAAACUAUGUAUAAAAAUCACCUCUAAGGUUUGUUCACAUCGAUUCUAGUUUUUAACUAAUCGGGUCCUGUAUCAGCAAGUGAACCAUUCAGCCCCUAAACAAGCAUUCUUUCUGGUAAACACAACCAAUCUAACAUCGGUCAAAAUAGCAAGACAAAAUAAGAAACAUUGAAAAUCCAAGAAACUGUUGCUGUUGAUUUGUUCAUUGUUCAACUGGAAACUAAGAGGAACUAGAUUAGAGAGUGUGUAUCCGAAUCAGCGAUGUUAAAUUAAAUAUAUGUGACUAACAUCAUUGUUAGAUUUAUUACGGCACUAAAUACAACCUUCGUGUUCUAACGCUAACAUUAGCACUGAACAUGUGGCCACAUCCGUAAAACUCUCCUCUGUAGAACACUGAAACAAGUUUUUGUAAAUCAUUCAACAAACUAAAUAACUAUAGACACACACACACUGUAUAAGUCUACAUAAAAGCUGAGCUAUAUAAAAUAUACAUGUGCUUUCGAUGUUUAAGCUACAAUAAUAAUUUUACACUUUUUCAGACACAUUAUGAUAGUGACAGUAUGAAAAGGCUUAAUAUGCGAAAUCAGUUCGCUGAAUCAGUGAUGACUGUUCAGGGCGAGGCGAUUGCUUAGCAUAAUCAAAAAUUGUAUUAAAAUAUGUGUCCUUUUGGCAUGCGACUGAAAACGCUGCGAUCUAAAAUAAACACAUCACAAACCGGAUUACAAUAUUCGCAACAUGGGAUCAUAUGUUUUAAUUUCUUUGAGUACCUAUAAUUUAUUUAGAUAAUGAUACAAAUAUCGAUUCUGCAAGUUCAAAUAUCUAAAAAAAAGCUAGUGUCGUUUAAAAUAUUCAUAAAAAUAAAUUUAAUUGGUCGUGCAAUACUCUACGAGUUCAAUAUCAAAUUUAAUACUAGUGCGUAGUUCUGGGUUUCCUGAAUAUUUGAUUUGAAUGAGAUAGCAACUUUUUUUUUCUAAAUCAUAUGUUUCCAUGGGGCGAUCCGAAACAAUAUCCAAGAUGAUCGAUAUGCUUAUGAGUUCGAACAAAAUUUUCUGCUUGGUGUAUCGAUCGCAGUCAUAUGAACCAUUAAAUGUAUUAUAACCAAUAAUAGACAAAACUACCGAAAAAAUGCGCAGUCUACGAAAAAAAAAAUUGAAUCAAGCGUAAAGAAAAACAAGCGGAGAGCAUUAAGGUAGGUUAGGUUAGGUGCGAACUUUCAAAAUAUUGAGGCUAAAUGAUAGAAAUUACACAAAGAUUUUUCAAUAUACAUGCCAGUGACAUAAUAAAAAUGGAAAUGGGAUUGUGAUAACAGAAAAAAAGAAUUUUUAGUGUUUUGCUAAACUUGCACCUGCAAAAGCGUUGCACCGAAAUGGUAGAUUAUCAUACGAGGAGAACUCAUAGCUUCUGGAACCACCGACGAUAAAAUCCUCAGACACUUUUUGGACGAUCUUUACACCAUCUCUAAUGUGGGUUGAUCUUAGAAGCUACACCGCGAAAACUGUUCACUCAAUCACGUUAGAUUGCGUCUUCCUAGACAAAAUUGAACAUAGUUCAGCAUCUGCGAAGGCUCUUUCAGGGAAUGGCUGAGUAGUACAUAUAUGUUAAUAAUUUUGAAAAUGAGAAAGAAUUAGGAACCAAUAAAAGUAUUCCAUAUUUUCGACUGGAGGAGAAACACAACUGCCAUCAAAAUAGCUAUCACUGAGAAAGGUUUAUUACUGCUAGAGAAAAUUUGCACCGCCAUUGCUCAUUGAAUACCGCCAUGAAAAGUAUCACCUAAAAUUAAAAACAUAUAUUGAUAUCGAUUUUCUCCUUUCCAAUCAUAAUGCUAUAUACAGACAUUUAUGUCUCACAUUUUCACAGAUAUGGAUAGUUUCUAAAUGAAAAUUUACAAUUUAAAUUUAGCUGAAAUUUAAAUGCUUUUCUAUUGAACAUAUCACCUUUGUUUUAGAAGUGCUUUUUGCGAUACCUUUUUGAACGAAUUUGUAGUGAUUGUACUAACCCUUUUUCAAUUUUUACAAAGCUUGCCAAACUAAAUUCGGAAAGUUGCGAUCGGUCUAGUAAAAGUUGAAUAUCAGUCAAAGACACUCGAAAUAUUUUAGAACAAUGCAGUUCAAUCAAUGAUAUUUCAAAUCCAAUGAAUAACACAUUAACGACCAUAAUCAGGAAUGAGAACUUUUCACUCAGCGAUAACCCAACAGGAAAUCGGACAGAAUCAAAACCAUGUCGUGAGUUCAACUUUAAAUAAUCUAUCUAUACAUAUGUAUAUUCGUAUAAAUAUAUAUGGAAGCCACUUUGAUAAAGUAAAUAUAUAUAUUUAUAUAACAAAACAUGUAAACUUACAAACAACUGCGAACAAGUGGAACCAAACAAGACGAAUGUGACACAAAAACCUAAGCUUGAAUAAGUGACCCUGUACGGUGAGGACAUAGAUCUUCUACCGACUGUGUAUCGAAAAACUGUAACUAAUCGAUCGUAUCUGCUGCAACCAUGUUAUUAUAUAAUGAGAUAGACAAAGGCGUUUAAGCGAUAUAUUCGUCCGCCAUGUAAUCAUGUAAAAGAAACUUAACAAAUAGACGCAAACAAAGUUACACACACACACACACACAGAUUCUGAUGUGACAAAUCAACCUGCGUUUUAUGCUAUGUGAUUGUAGCCAUCUGGAAAGCUAAAAACGAGUCUGAAUAAAGAAAGUGAAAUAUCAGAACUAUAA